GUGCUGUCGCGGAGAGUUCGAUAAAAAUCAGUCGUUGUUGAGGAGCUGUUUUGGCGUGGUCUGAACUGAGUGCUCGUGAGUAGUGUUCGAUAGUGAGUGCUGUGACUGUCAGUGAUACAUUAGGAAAGUAAUGAUAAAUGGUGGCAACAAGCAGUAUGGUGUAUGAAGAGAUUGUGGGAGUUCGGGGCAGCUGACCUCAGCCCCCGCGCACUUUAUUUCCGCGCGAGAUGCCCCACAAUUUAAAUUCAACGUCUGCUAAUUCUGCCAAUUCCGGGCCUAACCAUCAGGCCUACCCUCCUCCUCAGCCGUAUCAUCACAUUGGCGAUGGACUUCAACCGGAGAAAGAACCAGUGGAGUUUGAUACAAGUCAUCUCCGAGGAGCACCCACAGAGGUGGAGGCAUUGGUACACAACAUCAAAGAAGUUGCUCAGCAAUUUCUGUAUCAUUGGCGAACAUUUCCAAUUGUUUUGCCUCCACCUUUGUCUUCAUGCACAGAUGGUGAGGAUACGUUGGCCCGGAAGAAGCAUCACUUGAGAGACUUAUUUGUGCCACCGAGUUUCGAUGAGCUAGAUGCCGUUGCAGUUGACAUAAAAGGUGAACCACGACGGCUUACUAAUAAGCAACUCGAAAGCAUAAGAGAAAGAGGCUUACACAAGGAUAAGUAUGGAAAGCCGAAGAAGCUGAAUGCCACUCAGUUGGAGAGCAUUCGGAGAUGCGGGGAGUUUGAGGUGGACUCGAUAAACUUUGCCGGUCAAACACACCGGUGGCGACUUAGUGGGUUGCUACAGCGAGGAAGAGAUAGAAGAAGGGAAACAUUGUUGAAAGAUCUAGCCUUAGCAACAAGAUUUCUUGUGGUUACUGCUAGAGCAAGACUUAUUUCACAUUGCUUCAGUAUUUCACAAGCUUUCAAGGCACUUUUGACUGGAUUUCUUAGACUUCUUGAUAUAAUCAUUGGAAUACCGUCUCUGCAAGCACAAAAUCUAGAUGGGAAAAUCAGAGAGGAAAGAUGUCGUUAUUUGGUUGCUGAAUUAGUCUGUAGGCCGGAAUACGAAGAUUCACUGGAAUUACUAUGUGGUUUUGUGCGCAAGCAACUGAGACGAGCGACGAUGGAGAAAUUCGAAGUAGAAAGAGAAUCGUCGCAAUUGCUUCCAGUAUCUGUGCCCUUUGUCUUUGGCACUCCUGCUGGUUCAGCCGUAGAUCUACGAUUAUUUAGCAGAGACAUCAUUAGGAAGGCUCUGCCAACAUUAGUUACAAUUUUAGAGAGAGAAACUCGAGGAUGGUUUCUUCAUUUUCGAGAAAGACUAAUUUCUGAAUUAAGAGCGCAAAAAAAAUCUGAUGAAGAAAUAGAACAGCAAGUAAACGAAGCAGUGAUGCGCGAAUAUUUGCAACGAGUAUAUUCCAGUAUACUCUCUCAUCCAGACAUUUUGGCAUUAGGAGAUGGAAUAGCACAACUUUUGGUCCAGCAAGCACAAUCAGUAGUUUUGAUGCAUCGAGCUGUAGAGAAUGUCCAGCGAAAGUUGUCACAAAUGAAAGAGUCUCUUCGUCAACGAAUGGAAAGUGAACAUCCGGUACUUUCAAGAAUAGGACCAUGGAUGCGUGAUAGAAUGAGAGAGGCGGAGGCGAAUUUUAUUGAGGAGUGUGAAUGGAGUGCACAUCAAGAAGCACUGUCUCUUUGUAGUUUACAAAAUUUACAGCAAACUGUUUAUUUCCUUAAUCGGGAUUUGACAUUUAUGCGAGAGAGAGAGCCUGUUCUGUUGAAAGAACUUCGAAAAGUCAAGACUCCAACACGGAGUUUUCAAUGGCCAACGCAAAUUUGGCUGCCACGGAAUUGGAUUGUCCGACGUAAUUUCCAAGGAACUUCGGAAAUAAUUCCCACAGUUUUAAGUAAUACACCAACAUCUAUAACGACUCCACGGGCUGACCCGAGCCAACCAGUUUUUCUUGUGGAACGGGAAAUCAUUCAUACGACGACGACGAGAUGGCCAAUGUGGCGUUGGAUAAAUUAUAUUGCACGCACGUGGUGUUGGACGUGGAAUGCUAUGUUCUUGUUCGGAGUUGCUGUGCCGUGGUGUAGUCGUGUAUCUUUACGAGCUCUACUACUUGUAGAACCGUUUACACCAGACCUGGAACUCAGCCAACUUAACGGAACUCUUUUCCCGCGAAAAUCGUCACAAACACCGACACUUUGUUCUCGAUUAAUAGCACUUUGGCGACACAUCAGCAAAAGUCGGACACAUUUUGAGACUGAGCCUGAUACCGGAUUUAUCGGCAAGGGUAUGACGAGGCAUAUAAACAGACUAUGGAACUAUGGAGUUAAGGGUCUCUUGGGAACUCUAGGGAUUCUCUUCCUUUUUCCCAUAAUCUGCAUUGUUGCCAGUGUCAGUUCACUCCUGAUUGCGUUCUCCGCUUUUUUAUGGAUGCCGAUAUUAACUCUCAUCCUCCACGCAUUUAUGGGUUUGAUAAUGGACCUAGACAGUCCAGAGCCAAGUCGAAAUCGAUACUUCGUAGUAAUGGAAGCUUUAGUGUGGAACGUAGGGAUUCAAGGUUGCUUACAGCCAAUAGCUGCACUGAUUGUAGCCGUCUUUAUAUGUCCUAUCAUCUCGUUUUUGAUACUCACUGUGGCUGUGAUACGCUAUUGGAUAAGGGUCAUGUGGGAUACGGCAAUGUUCCACUUAGUGAUAAAAAGUCGAGGUAGAGUUCCAGCUAGUGACAGCUUUGUCGUUAAAAGAAUAGCAGGUCCAGGCUUAGCAUCAGAUUAUUACUAUCAGAUAAGGCCGGAACAAGCAUUGGCAGCAUUUGAAGCAAAACUUGAACUUGAUGAACUCUUAGCAUUUCAACAAGAAACUGAACGGCUGAUAACACAACCACAAAGAGAUUUCACUCAAUUCGUUGAGGCUUGCUUUAGUCCUUUUGCUACAAGUUUAGCAAAAACACGUGAUCCUUACAAGUCUUUAGAAAAGGAAGCAAGAGAUCUAGUGGCAGUGCUCCACGAAAAAUUAGAUCGACGUCGAAAAGAUCUUCAAACAGGUCUUGGAGUUGCUGUAAGAAGUAAAAUAAAGCUUACAACUUAUGAUUUAAAAAUAGCUAUUCAGCAGGCAGCAUUAAUGUUAGAGCGUUUAUAUCCUUCACACGUUUUUGCAAGGAUUAAUGGAAGUGAAGACGAUUUUUGGGAAAAUAAAGGACUAGGAGUCGGGGACUGGGCGGGAUUAGCCGGUCUGAUGUAUGCAGACAUAUUCAGUCUAGAUUUUCUACAACCAUUAGACGAUACAGAUACUAAAUUUAAGCUGGAACCUCAUCCAGGCGUAGAUUUAAGCAGGUACAGCGAAAUGCUCCAUAACACUGAACUUGGAGGAGUUAAUGGACCUGAUUUAUUAGGAGCCAUUUAUGCCCCAAGAGGAAACAUUCUAGUACACAGUCCUUAUCUUGAAGUGUCUGCUUUUAAUCCUAGAGCUAAACAAACUAGUAACAGUAGAAAAUCGGAGAAACGAUGCGACUCUAGUCUUUUGACGUCACCGAGAACUCGACGUAAAACUAAUUCGGGUUCUUCAACCAGUGAAAGUCGUUGGCAACCUUGGAAACGAGAAAUGCGUCCUUACAGUGCAGAGAAAUUGGUGAUUCCUCUUCCCAUUCCUCAUCCAGCACAUAUUGCUGUGACAAUUCACAAUCGAGAUUCAGAAGAUCCAAUUCCUCUUGACUCUGAGUUGUGUCAAAAUAUUUUAAGAGCUAUCGAAGAAUCUCCAGGAGAAAUGGCAACUGAGUGUGUAAGUCGUUAUCGUGGUGGAGCUGAUUCUAGCUUCGAUUCAGUAGCUUCUCAAUCGUCAGUGUCAAUAGAAACAGGCCUAGAUAAAGACAACGAUACCGAAGAGGUAGUAAAUGAAGAAAAAGAAGGAGAAACAUACCACUGGACUCUUUCUAAUUGGGGUGGUGGUAUGGCAAGACGAAGAAAUAACUCCGGAUCAAUAAAGGUUGAUCUUGCAUCUCCUGAAGAUGUUACUUUAGACACUGAUACCACUAGGGCGAUGUUCAGCACAUAUGGCACGACGGUCUGAAUCAUCACUCUACUUCCUCAAGUAUUUGACAUUGUAAAUUAGUUAAAGUUCUGGAUUUUAUGUAAUACAAACUUUAAGCAUUUUUUUUAUUUCUUAUCGUUAAAAUAUUUAUUUAGAUUCAUGAUAUUAUCUAGAUUAAUUAGAGAAAUACGAUAUGACCACGACUCUUUAAAAACAGAAACAAAAUGUAAAUCAUUGACAAGUUUUAAAAAAGAGAUAAGAGGAUAUUUGAUGUAAUUGAAAUAUUUUUUUAAUAGCUAUUAUUUACUUAUUUAGUAAAAAAAUUCAUUUAUUUAAUACUUCACUUGCCAUAAUUUUUUCUGUAUGGACUAGAAAGUAGAAAGUAUUUAAUAUGAUAAAAAAGAACAAUAACAUAAAUAUAAAUGAAGUAAAAAUUUUUUUAAUGAAACAAUUACGUUCAUAACUAUAAAUUUCUUGUGAAUUCUAUUGUUUUAUAUUUUUUAAUUGCAAAUAUUGUCUUUCUUAUAGUGAUUUUUCAAUCAAUUGACGAUUUUUCUUCACAACUAAGUAACGAAUUAAAGUUAAAAAAAAACAAUGACGCAUUUCAAUUAUAUAUAGAUAACGCACACAAAACUAGGAAUUUUUAGUUGACAUGAAGAUGAAUGAUAUUUAAAUGCUCAUAGAUGUUGGGAAACAAAUUACUAGCAGAGAAUCAAAAUCAUACUUCAAAUAAUAAUUACAAUGAA